GAGGCUGGAGUCGAGCCCGGACCGCUGCGGCAACAGCCUUGUACAUGGGGCGCCUGCUCUACCACUAAGCCACCGACGCCACACAACUUUGGUCCUUGAUAAAAUGCAAAUGGACUCCUAUAAAAUGAACAGUACAUCAAGGGAGGCAGCACAGGCCUGCUGGGACUCUUCUCUCCAGCACUGACUGAGCACUACCACUCAACCUCUGAGGACAACUGCCAGUGUCACACCUGGAAAAGCAGGUGUGUGUCCCGUAAUGACGAUGGCUCGGGGUACGCUGUUGCUCCUGCUGAUGCAGACGUUAACUGGAUGGUCAGUUUCUCAAACACUUGGACCCUCAGUGAGACUGGUCAACUCUAACAGCCACUGCUCUGGCAGAGUGGAGAUCUUCCACAAUGGCCAGUGGGGAACGGUGUGUGACGACUUGUGGAAUCUGAAUGACGCUCAGGUGGUUUGUCGACAGCUGGGCUGUGGCAGGGCUGUGGAGGCACCACAAAGGGCACGUUUUGGACAAGGCACUGGACAAAUCUGGUUAGAUAACCUUCAGUGUUCAGGCAGUGAGUCCUCUUUACAAGACUGUCCACAUGGCGGAUUAGGGAACCACAACUGUGCUCACUCUGAGGAUGCUAGUGUCAUCUGUGAAGAAAUUGCUACUCCAACACCAAGUGUUCCAGUGAGACUGGUCAACUCUGACAACUGCUGCUCUGGCAGAGUGGAGAUCUUCCACAAUGGCCAGUGGGGAACGGUGUGUGACGACUUCUGGAAUCUGAAUGACGCUCAGGUGGUUUGUCGACAGCUGGGCUGUGGCAGGGCUGUGGAGGCACCACAAAGGGCACGUUUUGGACAAGGCACUGGACAAAUUUGGCUAGAUGACCUUGGGUGUUCAGGCAGUGAGUCUUCAUUAAGAGACUGUCCCCAUCGCGGAUUAGGGAACCAUAACUGUGGUCACUCUGAGGAUGCUAGUGUCAUCUGUGAAGGUAAGUGUGUUCCCACACAACUGGUCAACUCUACCAGCAGCUGCUCAGGCAGAGUGGAGAUCUUCCACAAUGGCCAGUGGGGAACGGUGUGUGACGACAGCUGGGAUUUUAAUGAUGCUCAGGUGGUUUGUCGACAGCUGGGCUGUGGCAGGGCUGUGGAGGCACCAAGAUGGGCACAUUUUGGGCAGGGCAGUGGAGAAAUUUGGUUAGAUGACCUUCAGUGUUCAGGGAGUGAGUCCUCUUUACAAGACUGUCCACAUCGCGGAUUAGGGAACCACAACUGUGAUCAUAAUGAAGAUGCUGGUGUCAUCUGUGAAGGUAAUUCUCCAGUGAGACUGGUCAACUCUAACAGCCGCUGCUCUGGCAGAGUGGAGAUCUUCCACAAUGGCCAGUGGGGAACGGUGUGUGACGAUUUGUGGAAUCUGAAUGACGCUCAGGUGGUUUGUCGACAGCUGGGCUGUGGCAGGGCUGUGGGGGCACCACAAAGUGCACGUUUUGGACAAGGCACCGGACCGAUCUGGUUGGACAGUGUUCAGUGUUCUGGAAAUGAGUCAUCAAUAACAGACUGUGCACAUCAAGGCUUUGGGUCCCACAACUGUGCUCAUUCUGAGGAUGCCAGUGUAAUUUGUGAGGAACAUCAACUUCUACUCCAGGCAGCUCAGCUCGUUUGCUCCCCUUAUCAGCUUGAAGUUGGUGUGCGACUGGACAGCCUGCUGUCAGCUGGUUUGAACGCAUACUCUGGUCAGCUGGCAGCCCCUUACUGUACAGGCUACAGAAUGCAUGGUAAUACUGUGUGGUACCAAGUGGCACGUCAGGCUGGCAUCUGCGGAACUGUACUUACGACCAACACCACCCAUGCCAUUUACUCCAACUCUUUGUUUUUAUACCCUCUGAGCAAUGAUACCUUGGGUUUACCUGAGAUUAUUCCAUUCACCUGUGCCUAUCCCUUGGAAACCAAAACCAGCCUAAACACUGAAAUCAGACCACACCUCCCUGGGUAUGGCCUCAUGGGGUCAGGUUCCAGGCCCAUAGCCAACAUGAAUCUGUUCCGAGACUCCAACUUUUCGAACAGCUACCCAGGGGGCCAGGUCAUCCUGCCAGUGGGCUCUGCACUGCAUGUGCAAGUGUUUGUGCCUGAGAAUGAUCCAAGCUUUGCAGUUGUUUUGGAGGACUGCUAUAUCACUUACUCCUCAAACCUUGAUGAUCCCAUGCGAUACUAUCUCAUCCAUUAUGGGUGUCCUACUGACUCUCAUCAUGUGUCAGUGGUUGAGAACGGCCUGUCCCUCCAUGCUCGUUUUUGUGCCCUGCUCUUCCCUAUCCAGGGUGACAACCCAUAUGUCUUCUUACACUGCAGAGUACGCCUGUGUGAUAAGAGGAGCCAAAACUGUGUUCCACGCUGCAGAGGAAGGACACAUCGCUCUGUUGACUACUCAGCUCAGCUCGAUCCCGUCACCGUUGGACCAAUCAUCUGGAAGAACUGA